AUGGCGCUUGGUCUGUGCCUGGGCUUUUCAGCUGGGCUGCUUUGUCUGCCGCUGCUGACCGUGUUCGCUGUACGGCUCUCUGCUCGUUUACGAUCUGCCAUCGCCUUUGGCGUUGGGACUAAUUGGCCGCCCUACGAUGUCAGCGACCUGUCCAGGCCCUCACCACGCUGGGUGCAGUUGAGCACACGGCUGCUGGGCCUACUAGCCCACUCAGAAACAGUGGGCGCGUUUGAAGGCCUUGCCAAUGCUGUUCCGUUGAUGGUCAAGAGCCCCAACGGUAUGGUUUCCGGGCUGCGCCUGUCCCCAACAGCACAGAAGAAAACGAAGACCGUGGUGUACUUGCACGGGCAAGCUGGCAACGCGGUUGUACAACAUCGGACAGACCUCUACAAGCUGCUUGCGACGCGACUCGGAUGUGAGGUGAUUGCCAUCGAUUACUGUGGCUGCGGCUACUCUGAUUUCUGCUGGCCAACAGAGGCCAGUGCAGUGGCGGAUGUCCGGGCUGUUGUUCAGUCCCUGCCGCCGGAGGAGGAGGUCGUCAUCUGGGGUCACAGUCUCGGCACAGGCAUCGCGCUGGCAUCUUUGGAAGCCUUGCUGGCAGAUGAGGGCCGCCGAGUGAGGGGUGUGAUCCUUGAGGCACCCUUCCUGUCCUUUGCGGCCGCAGCGGGGUCGCUGCUAGAGGCGGUGCUGCCCUGGCGCAGCCUGCGAGAAGGAUUGGAGAGAUGGGUUCGGGAUGGCUGGGGGGACCUCCAGUUCGAUUCCGCUCGCCGAGUCCAAGCUGUAGCUGCCAAGAUGCCCGCCAGAGCCCCAGCUCCUGUGACAAGUGCGAAACGGCGCUGGUUAAAGAGCCGUGAGACUCAGGUGGUCAUCCUCCACGGCACGGAUGACGGGAAGGAAGCUCUCCGAGUUGGCUGGAGUGCCGUGCCGUGCCUGCCAUUAGACAUCUUUGCUCUCGACAUGCUGCACAACGACAUUUGGGCGCAGCCCGGCUUGCCGCAGCUGCUCAAAGAGACUUUCGAGCAGUUGUACUUGCUGGCAGCUCUGGAGGUCGAGAAGUUCAAGAAUAAAACCUUGGACGCCCAGAUGACAGGCGCCACGCAGGGCACGAUGACGACUGCACAGACGCUGCAGUCGCUGGUCACGCAGGACCAGAGCGUCUCCAGCGACCGCGCUCUGGAGAGCCCCUGGCGUGGCUGCGAGGCGUACCACAUCUACCUGCUCUCUCAGCGGCAACUGUACGAGGGACAGUUCGAGCAGGCCAUGAAGACAUCCCUGCGGCUGGCUGAAUACGAGGACAUCCUCGACACACAGACCAUAUAUUCCCUGAUAGCGCUCACCACUUACUACAACAAGUUCUACAUGCAGUGCUCCAAGGCAUUCAUCAAGCUGGAGGCUUCUGGGGACAUAAGCGACGAGAUGCGCACCAAGUUCUCAGACUUGGCCCUGAGCAUCUUCACCAGGAGCACGCCCAAGGAUCCCGUGAAUCAGUUGCUGCUGCCCUGCCCAAAGUGCCACACACGGAUCAGCGACUGGUCAGUCAGCUGUUCCAGCUGCAACCAUCGGCUCGCUUUCUGUGUGGCCUCAGGGCGGUCCAUCUUUCCUGAGGACCGGGGGCCCAAUUCUGGGCCGUACCCGCCCGGCACAGGUCCCCUGGGUGAGACCAUCAAAUGCCGCGUCUGUCGGCAUCGUAUGUAUGCCUCGGAGGUCCGCAAACUGCGGAACUGCCCUCUGUGCCACUCGCGCUUGGACAUCCCAGCGCCACCGCCAAUGCACUGA